AUGAUGCAAUCUCUGAUGGAGAACCAGAAGAAAAACGCCACUGAGUUGACUGUCAAGAUCGACAACAUGUACUCUGAGCUGAAUGGGAGAAUUGAAUCGUUAAACUCUCACAUGAGAGUGUUGGAGAACCAAGUGGCACAAUCCGCAGCUAGAGUCAAGGCACCUCCAGGGAUACUUCCAGGGAAGAACAAGGCUAAUCCAAAAGAGUAUGUGAAUGUCGUCACCCUUCGAAGCGUUCCUGAAGAAAAACAACCCAGCGGACCACAACAACCCUAUGCACCCAGACUACCUUUCCCUACUCGCCGCAAGUUAAAGAUUCAGGAGCGAGAAUAUGAGAAGCUGAAGUUAGUAGUAGGAGAGCUUCAGGUUAGACUCCCUUUCAUCGAAGCAGUAAGGAUGGUUCCAGCUCUUAAGAAGUAUAUGAAAGAGAUUCUAACAGACAAGCUCAGUCUGGAGAAGGGAGUGAUGUACCUCACACAAGAGUGCAGUUCUAUGUUCCAAAAUCGAAUGCAUGAAAAAUGUGGGGAUCCGGGACCAUUUACCUUGCCUUGCACGAUAGGAGAUCUCAAGUUCAGCAAAUGCCUCUGA